CCUCCCUGGCGGUCCCAGCCGCCGCCGUACGGCCCCGCGAGGCGCGAGCAGCUACCAAGGGGCCAAGGGAUGAGCUGGGGUCCGCCUUCCCAAUGGCAUCUCCUCCUGGUCUGGAACUGAAGACACUGAGCAAUGGUCCCCAGGCUCCAAGGAGACCUGCAUCUCUGGGUCCAGCAGCCUCACCCAGGGAGGGUGUGGAGAAUGCCUGCUUCUCUUCAGAGGAACACGAGACCCAUUUCCAGGACCCUGGGGAUGCCAGACCAGGCCACUCCCCCAGCCCUCCUGGGGGCCUUGGCCCCUUGCAGCCCCGACCCCAGAGAGACGACGCGUCCCUGCAUUCAGAAGAGGGGCCAGGCCUGGAGCCCGUGAGCCGCCCUGUGGAUUACGGCUUCAUCUCUGCUCUGGUUUUCCUGGUGAGCGGGAUCCUCCUGGUAGUGACUGCAUAUGCCAUCCCCCGCGAGGCUCGCGUGAACCCGGACACGGUGUCAGCGCGGGAGAUGGAACGGCUGGAGAUGUACUAUGCGCGCCUGGGCUCGCACUUGGACAAGUGCAUCAUUGCAGGCUUGGGGCUGCUCACGGUGGGCGGCAUGCUCUUGUCCGUGCUGCUGACGGUCUCCCUGUGCAAGGGCGAGCUGUACCGCCGGCCCGCCUUCGCCCCAGGCAGGGGCUCCAGGAAGACCUACGGCUCUAUCAACCUGCGCAUGAGACAGCUCCAUGGGGACGGGGGCCAGGCCCUGGUGGAGAACGAGGUUGUCCAGGUCUCAGAGACCAGCCACGCUCUCCAGGGGUCUUAAGUAAGAGCCCACUCUGUCUGGCUGCUUCAGCUUCGGGGUGACCAGGCCCCCAAGGCUGGGGUUUUGGACCGAGCUCCACCGAGGGCCCUGUGGAAGGAGUCGUGGGUGCAGAAAGGGGAGCUUGGGGCCUGGUCCAGGCUUCACUUAGGAGAGCGGCCCCUCCGUCUGUUUUGUAGCCUGAGGUUUUGCAUAAGGUUUUGUUUGAAGGAUGGCUUCUGCUGCUAAAAAUACAAAAGUCUGGAAACCGCUGCCCUUGGAGGAUGAGGUUUCUUGGCAUUUCUGUGGAUUGAGAGCUGUUUGAAAGGCUGCCCAUCCUGUUCCCCGUGCCUUGGGGAAUUCCGGGAACUCUGCUGUCCUCAUCAGCCACCUAUGGGUGUUGGGUGACCUCGGAAGGACCCCUUGCAGCCCUGACUGUUGAA